GUUGGCGGGACUGAUCAGGCCCAUUGACCAGUCAGGACGUUGAGCAGCCCAUUUUGUGAGAACUGAUUGGAGAAAAUCUCAUAAUCGCAAUGAUUGGUUCCAAAUCCAAGUCGUAGCCGCGGUCUCCUUUCCAAAUUGUACUCCUGGAAAGACUACAUUCAUUAGCCCAAGAACAGCGGAAAGAUGUCUCAAGUGUACUACCAAGUUAGCACAGAAGGGGACGGAACAGAGGUUGAUGGCGACACUAUCACUGCCAGAAUUGCCUCACCUCCAACAGUCCAGUCUGAAGCACAGUUAAAUCUUGCAGCAUUUUGGCCCCGUGUGACAGAUGAUGUACGGAAAAUACCACUGGAUCUUAAAAAUCAAGCAUUACCACUUGCAAGGAUUAAAAAGAUUAUGAAACUUGAUGAAGAUGUGAAGAUGAUCAGCGCAGAGGCCCCCAUGCUUUUUGCUAAGGCUGCUGAGAUUUUUAUUCAUGAACUUACUCUUCGAGCUUGGGUCCACACAGAAGACAACAAACGCCGUACACUACAGCGUAAUGACAUUGCAAUGGCUAUCUCAAAAUGUGAUCAAUUUGAUUUUCUAAUUGAUAUAGUACCACGCGAAGAGCUAAAGCCAGCAAAAGCUUCAAGUGAUCCGUCACGUGCAGCUACAGCUAUGAAUCCUGAUCAGAUACAAUAUUACUUCCACUUAGCCCAGCAGCACCAACAGGCCUUGUCACAGACAGGGACCAAUUCUCCUAAUUCCACCUCAUCCAAUGGCAAUGCCUCCACUCCUUCAACUAUUCAAAUCCUUCAGCCUAGCACUGGUCAAAUUCAAACAGUUCAAAUAGCUUCACCAACUGAUCAGAGACAAGCAACAGUUGCUCAAACUGUUCAACCUCAAGUUAUUCAAGUUCAGCAACCCCAGCAAGCUCAAGUCCAAGCACAGGCAGUGCAAGCUGCCACAGGUGGCAUUCAAAUUGUACAACAAGUUGUCACACCAAGUGGAGAAAUCCAGUCUAUACCUAUUCAACUGACUCCCAAUCAGCUGCAAAUGAUAAGAAUGCAGCUCCAAGGGAACUCUCAACCUGCAAUCAUUCAAGUCCAGCCACAGCUAGUGCAGCAGGUUGGGGAUGGUUAUGUUAGACAAGGAAGUGGAGGAGCUGGAGAUGUUGAGUAGGCCUUGGCUUCUCUUAUUUUACAUAAUUGACACUAUAUCUUCACAUUUCUUGAGUGAAGGUUAGGUUAAUGUGUACGACUGAAUGUGAUGUUGACACCACUUUGCAAUAAGUACCCUGAUGGAUUUAUGAGUGUGUGUGUGUGUGUGUUUAUAUAUGUACAUAUUAGUCAUCAGAGUUCAUCCUCGCACCUGAUUAGAAAUUGAGCCAGGUCUUUAAUCCACAGCAGGUCUGUGCUAUAAACUGUGGUAGUUUGUAAUUAGUACCACGUUUUAUACUUUUGCUCCAAGACCAAAUACAUAUUAAUUUUAGCUUUAACUGUGUGCAUGUAUGAGAGUGAUACCUGAUGAGAGUUCAACAACAAAUUUAGGAAAGGCUUUCAUUUAAGUGUUUUACGUUGUAGACUGGAAUCAUUUUUCAAAUCUGAUUUGUCUGUAUUUUUUGUCUGAGAGUGGCUCAGCAUUUGUUAAUAACUUUAUGGCCUGUGUUAGGCAGUAUUUUUGUGCAAUAUUUGACUGACAGUGCAUCCAAUGAAUGAGGUGCAAUGGUGAGAUUAAAGUGGAAUCAAGACACUAAAGAAA